CCCAGUCUGCCGCUGGCUGGAGCUUGGGCACGACAGUUGCAGCCAUGCCAGCAACCAACCAGGACUGGCCUGAUGCUUUUGGUUUCAAGAUCAGUGGGACAGGUCCAUGCUACAUCACCUGGGUGCAGGAGGGCAGCAGCGCAGCAGCCGCGGGUCUGCGGCCAGGUGACGAAGUGCUGGAGAUCGAGGGUCAACCUGUGUCCUCCUUGGGCUACGAGGCACUGCUGGGGCUGGCCAGGAGCUGCAGCAAUGUGCCCCCCAGCAUUGGGGUGGUGUCUCGCCUCCAGCUCGCUGACCUGCCCCCUGCCCCGCGAGGAGGCUUCGGCUUCGAGCUGGCGAGCGGCAGCCCCCCGAGAGUGGCCAGCGUCAGGCCUCAGUCACCUGCUGCCGCCUGUGGGAUGGAGCCAGGGGAUUUCAUCCUGGAAGUCAAUGGCAUGCCAGUGAUGGUGCCAGAGGUGGUGUCUGCCCUGGUGGGGUCCUGCCACGAGCAGUCUCUGCGGCUGGGGCUGCUGCGGCCGCAGCAUGGGGCCGACACGUGGGACCCUGUGGCCAGAGCCGAUGCUGUGCGGCAGGAGAGGAGACAGAAAGCACAGGAAUUCAGCCAAAAGGUGGAUGACAUCCUUGGUGACCAGCCAGAGGUCAAGGAGAAGGUGUUCACCAUCCUGAAGCAGUAUGCAGCGGAGCGGAAGGUGGAGUACUUGGCCUAUGCCCUCUGCAUGGUCCUGACCCAGGAGUGCCACCAGCAUCUGAUUGACAACAUCAGGAUUUUCAUCCCCAAGAAGCACCGGCAGCGCUUCGACGAGGUGGUGUCGCAGAGCCUGAUCAGCAAGCUCUGCCGCUCCAAGAGCGAGCACCACAGCAACCGCCUGCGGCGCAGCCGGAGCGAGGACCACCAGGAGAGGCUGCUGGUCUCCACCCGCGCCAGCUCCGUGCCCCGCAGCCACGAGGAGGUCAGCAAGAGCCUGAGGAAAACCACCUCGCUCAUCGCCAGCAAUGUGGCCACGGGGGCUGCCCGCAGAACUGUGCGAGUUUACAAAGGCAGCAGGAGCUUUGGCUUCACCCUGCGUGGCCAUGCCCCAGUGUGGAUCGAGUCUGUUCUGCCAGGGAGCCCAGCUGAGAAGGCUGCUCUCAAACCUGGAGACAGGAUUCUCUUCCUCAAUGGUCUGGACAUGAGGAACUGCUCCCAUGACAAGGUGGUGUCGAUGCUGCAGGGCAGUGGGGCCAUGCCCACCUUGGUGGUGGAAGAGGGGAUCGUCAACUUCUCCAAUGACUCUGACUCUGCUGACUCCCCGAGCAGCUCCUCCGCCCUCACCUCCCUGCAGUGGGUGGCAGAGAUACUCCCCUCUAGCAUCAAGAUCCAAGGAAGGACCUUCACCCAGCAGCUGGAGCACCUGCUGACCCCCCCAGAGCGUUACACCAUCUGCAAAGCACUGGAAGGCUUCUUCCAACAUCGGAACAUUGACACUCUGAUCGUGGACGUGUACCCAGUGCUGGACACACCAGCCAAGCAAGUCAUUUGGCAGUUUAUCUACCAGCUGCUGACCUAUGAAGAGCAGGAGCACUGCCAGCAAAAGAUUGCCAGGUUUCUUGGUUACAAGUCUUUGGCAGCUGAGCCAGAAGCAGAGGAUCGCUACCGCAGCUCCGUUCGAGGGACCUCCCUGUGCCGGGGCAGCCUCCGAACCCCCCACCCCGAGGAAGGGGGAGCAGCAGGCCAGAGUGACACCGUGGAGGUCCCUGUUCGCUUGAUCCCUGGAGAGAGACAGGCUGGUGAUGGCACAUCCCUCCCAGAGACACCUAACCCCAAAAUGAUGUCAGCUGUCUAUGCUGAGCUGGAGAACCGCCUGAUUGGCAGCUUUGCUGGCAAGAUGGGCAAUGCUGUCCUGACCAGAGCAUCACCUCCUGCCCAAGAGCUGGCACAUGCUGCAGGUGCUCGCAAGGCAGGGAUGGGUCUGCCAUGGCCGAGCGAGGCGCUGGGCUCCCAGCAGUGCUACUACCGACUGCACAGCAGCGUGGCCUCCCCAUGCAGCACCGAGUCCAACCCCUACGUCAGCCUGGACAGCAGCCCGGCCCCGUCCCCCAAGCACCGCAACUACUCCCUCAGCCCUCUGAGCAGGAGGAAGAAGCUCUUCACCUUCUCCAGGCCACCCCGCAGCCGCGACACCGACCGCUUUCUGGAUGCCCUCAGCGAGCAGCUGGGACACCGAGUCACCAUCGUGGAUGAUUUCCUCACCCCUGAGAACGACUACGAGGAGAUGAGUUUCCACGAUGACCAGGGCAGCUAUGUCACCAACGACGUCAGCAGCAGCGAGUACAUCAGCAGCAGCGACGAGGGCAGCUCCCUCACCUACUCCACGCUCUCAGACCACAUCCCCCCUCCGCCACUCAGCCCCCCACCUCCGCCACCCCCCCUGCAGUUCCACGACCCCCAGACUGUCCCCAGCAAGGUGGAAGCCACCAAGGCCAGCACAUCACCUGCCCCUAAAUCCCUUGUGGGCCACCUGCACCCCAUCCCACCCCCCCCACCUCCACCCCCCCCACCCCCAGUACCCUGUGCCCCACCGCUGCACCGGGGGCUGCUGCACCGCCGCAGCGAGUCCAACCACAUGAGCGUCAAGAGGCUGCGGUGGGAGCAGGUGGAGAACUCAGAAGGGACCAUCUGGGGACAGCUUGGGGAAGACUCAGAUUAUGACAAGCUGAGCGAUAUGGUCAAAUACCUUGACCUGGAGCUGCACUUUGGGACACAGAAGCCUACAAAGCCAACUGUCAUGCCUGAAAACUUUAAAAAGAAAGAUGUGGUUGAGAUUUUGUCCCACAAAAAGGCCUACAACACAUCCAUCCUGAUAGCCCACCUGAAGCUGUCGCACAUGGAGCUGCGCCAGAUCCUGAUGACAAUGGAGACAGAUCGCCUGGAGCCUUCCCACAUCAAGCAGCUCCUGCUCUACGCCCCGGACGGGGAGGAGGUGCAGCGCUUCCAGAGCUACAAGGAGAACCCCAGCAAGCUGAGUGAGCCCGACCAGUUUGUGCUGCAGAUGUUGUCAGUCCCAGAGUACAAGAUCCGCCUGCGCAGCCUUCACUUUAAGACCACCCUGCAGGAGAAGACAGAGGAGAUCAAGGCCAGCUACGAGUGCAUCUGCAAGGCUUCUCUGGAGCUGAAAAGCAGCAAGAAGCUGGCUAAGAUCCUGGAGUUUGUGCUGGCAAUGGGAAACUACCUGAACAAUGGGCAGCCUAAGACCAGCAAAACAACUGGCUUCAAAAUCAACUUCCUCACCGAGCUGAACACAACCAAGACAGUUGAUGGGAAAUCCACCUUCCUGCACAUCCUUGCCAAAUCACUUAGCCAACAUUUCCCAGAGCUCCUGGGCUUUGCCAAGGAUCUUCCCACAGUGCCGCUUGCUGCCAAAGUGAACCAGAGGAUGCUGACUGCUGACCUGAAGGACCUGCACACCACUGUCAGUGACAUACAGAUGGCCUGUCACAGCAUGCCAGCCACUGCAGAGGACAGAUUUGCAAUCGUCAUGACUUCCUUCCUGGAGAGUGCCCAGCCUGCCAUGCGAUCCCUGGAUGACCUACAGCACAAGGCCAUGGAAGAGUUCAGCAAGGUGUUGUCCUUCUUCGGGGAAGACUCCAAGAUGACAACUUCUGAAGCUUUCUUUGGCAUCUUUGCAGAAUUCAUGAGCAAGUUUGAGCGGGCACUCAGCGAUGUGCAGGUCGGCGAGAGCCAGCGCAGCCCCAGGAUGACCUCCCCUCUUGCCUGGUGAUGGGCCUGGAGCAGCAUGAGGUGCAACAGGUUACUGACAACAAAGUGCAAUUUGCUCCUGUUGAGUUUGGUUGUAAAUAUGUUGCUGUCACCUGCCACCACCAACUGAACCAUGGACCAAGAGUUUGGGGCAGUUUGGACACCGAAAAGGCACCAGAGGUGACGGUGGAUGGAUGUAAGGGUGAGGCACAGGGACAUACCAUGCUGGUCUCAGCCAGAGCUUUUGUAGCAUCCUCCAUCUCCAGUGUGCCACUGAGUCCAAGAUUUCAGACACCUCUGGGUACAACUCCACUCUCUCAUGUUUCCAGAACACACACAACUCACACCAGCAGUUGCUGGAGACCUUCCCCUUGUCCCCACAGCGUCGUGGCUGAGCUUUGAUCCUGGCCAGAGACUUCCUGUGGAGCCAGAGCAGGUUGGGUGGGGAAGGGGGACAAGGGCUACCACGAGCACCUGCCCACCUGGGACCCUGAGGAGCAAUGCUGCUGAGGUCCUCCCAAAUCCUUCUCCAAGCCCUUCUGUCCUUGAGUAGCACAGUGGGCCUGAGCUCCACGUCAACACACCUGGAGAUCACCAGAGGUGGCCCAGAAGCUUUAAUCCCCCACCAUUGCUGGCCAGUGACAAUGGAAAGCAGUAUGACCUUGCAGAAUCCUUCUGGCACAUCCACAUGGUCCCAAGUAUGGAUCCAGGCUGGUUCUUCUCAGCUGUGCUGGAGAGGAAGGAAAGCUCUGAGUCCUCAUCAGCCACCAGCUUUGCUUCAAGGUGUGGUAACUUCCCAAGAGCUUGACACCAUCAGCACAUGACUCAUUUGAACUCACACGGAGACAAAUCCCUGAGCAUUUUGUUGCCUCCUUGGAAAGUGCAGCUCCUUGGUAGCCUGAAAAGAAGCGGAGUCCUCUGCAGUCCUGAGAACCACCUCCAAAGAGGAGGACAGAGCCCAGUGAGAAAUCCCUCCCCUGCCCUACUUGACUCACUCUAGGAGCUGGAGUCCUGAGAGUCCCUCUACUGUCUGACCAGCUGGUCAGGCUGAGCAUACCUAGGGAGCUCUCCAAGCCUGCCGCUCCAUCUUCCAGCACCAUCUGAUCUUGACUGAGAUGAGUUCAUUCCCUCUGAGCUGUCCCCCAGCAAAAAAGGGCUAUAGCAGCAUCUCCUGGGCAGUGCGUGUACCUGUGGAGGACACCAAGCCCCGAGUGCUUUCAGGCAGCAAACCUUCUGCUGAGGCAUUAUUCCAUGCACAACGCAGCCGUUGCCUUCCAGACCCACCACCCUGCCCCGCAGAAGUGCUCCAGCAAGCCUAGAGUAGGUCACCUUCUCGACCACCUUUCCCCUGUCCAUUGCCAGAGCAAGAGCUCUCACUGCAGCUCUGCUCAAGUGUGGACUCACCAAGUGGUGCAUUAUUCAUGGGAGACCUUAGGGCCAUCAAACUUUGGGGGUUUCAGUGGUUUUUUAAGCCCUGCUGUAGAAAGUGAAGCCGAUUUUCACCGCUGCUCUCCAUGGACACGGCUUGAAUUGCCAGGUAGGUGCCAGCUCUGUGUUCCCAGAGGUGCAGCCCUGUCCCAGUGGUGAGGACAGGGUGGUGCUCCCUCAGCUCCUCUUCCCAUUUUGGAUCUUGCAGACAUCACUGUCAGUCGAUCACUUCUCUUUUCUGAAAAAAAAACCAUCUUCAGUACCUAAGCCACCGGAGAUCCGUUUGAAAACUCUCACGACAGAGGUGAAACUGCUGUACAUAGAUUUUGCUACCUGUUGUAACUCUCCAGACUAGCUCCAACUCCAAUCCCUUUGGUAUUUGUACGUGGAUACUUUCAGAGGAGCAGAAUUUCUGACCCACGGUGAUGCCAUCUGACAGUGGGACUGUGGAGAUUCACCAUUCAGGCUCUACCCGGUGCCUAUGUGCUAGUCCUAAAAUAAAGCUACUGCCUUCUGCCUCCUGC